AUGGAUAACAACGAUGAUUUUGAUUCUAAAUUGUCAAUCUUGAUGGAUAUGUUUCCAGCUAUUUCCAAAUCUGAAUUACAAGUACACUUACUUGAAAACAAUAAUGAUUUGGAAUUAACGAUCGGCUUGCUGUUAAAGGAAAAUGAUGAAAAGUCUGCCGAUGAUGAUGAAUUACAUCAACUGUAUGACAUGUUUUCUCAGCUCGAUUGCGAAGUUAUAAAAGAUCAGUUUGUAACUAAUAAGAAGUCCGUAGAAUCGACUAUUUCCGACCUUCUCAAUUAUGAAACCCUGCAAAAACUUAAAGACAACCAAGCAACUUUCCCUAACAACGUACAACAGAACGGAAAGAAAAAUAACUGGAAGUCAACAAACGAUCACAUAGAGAGUAUCAUAAAGUUUACCGAUUCUCCCAAAAAUAUUGCACAGGAAUAUUUUGUCGAAAAUGGUUUUGAUCCCGUAAGGGCUAUCAUCAAAAUUGUAUUGGAUUAUUAUGACAAAAGUGAUUUCAAAGAGAAUGUGAAUGCUGUCAAGGUAAAACGGAACCCUAAUACUACCGUGAGAGGUGGUCGAGUUCAAUCAUCAAUGGGGCUUGCUCAUGCUUUGAAAAUGGAUAAAGAAUCCACAAAUGUUGCUCAAGAGAGCCUCAAAAGGCCAAGGAGUUAUAAGCACUCCUUGAAUAGCCCACAGAUGGUCGAAUUAAAUGAAUUGGUUGCAGGUAAUCACGAUCUCAAAGCCAUAAACCAUGAUUUUUUGCAAAAAUGCUUACAAUUUUAUGAUGGUGAUGUGGUAAAAGUGUUAAACAUAUCGUCCUUAUUGGUCGAAGAUGACAAGAAUAUUACCAAGACUUGGAAUUUUGACGAAGGUUUCACUUUGACAUCCAAAGAUAAUUGUAAGCAGCAUUCAAACAAACUCUCAACACCGCAGAUUCCCCACAGGAAUGAAGUAGGCAGUACUUAUAAAUUGCCUCUUCAUGAUAAAGAAACCCACGAGGGAGCUGUGUCUGUCAUAAAUGGCCUGUUUCAAACAUAUAGGUUGGAUUUCCAUGGUUUUCUUCCCAACGAAGCGGUUUCAAUACUGAAGCUUGCAUUAAAUAAAUGGUGGUCUAAGGAGGUAGCAGAACGAGAGUUGAACUCUCACAAUAUUAACUCAUAUGGGUCGAAAGUGCAAUUUGUAAGCCCGUUAAUCGUCGUUACUGGUAGGGGUAUCCACAGCGUGGGCGGGAUCUCAAAGGUUCGACUACAGGUUAAAAGUUUCCUGGAAAAAAAUCAUUACAUAUUUUGGGAAGAAUCUUCUUUCUUCAGAAUCGAGGGUAAGAAGAAGAAGUAA